GGGGCGGUCAGGGGACUAGGAGCAGGGGAGCAGGUUUGAUGGGUUGAGGGUUCUGAGGAGGGCAGUCAGGGAGUGGGAAAUGGGAGGGGCGGAUAGGAGAUCAGGGCCAGGCUGUUUGGGGAGGCACAGUCUUCCCUACCCAGCCCUCCAUACAAUUGCACAACCCCGAUGUGGCCCUCGGACCAAAAAGUUUGCCCAUCCCUGCUUUUAAGUAGUUGGGGAGCCAUCUAGUGGCCUCACUGUAUUCUACAUUUUACAAACCAGCCAAAGCAGCAAUCUGUAUAGGUUAAUUAGGCCUUGUAUGUUGCUUAUCAUUAGUAAACAUGGUAAACUGGAUCCCACUGUGCCCAUGUGGUUUUUCUUCUCACAAUUAUAAUUGUGUAAAGGGCAAAAGACAUAACAAAGAAUAAUCCUAAUGUUAUGAUGCAAGAGAAAAUCUCAGCCUUCGUGAUUUUUUGUCUCUAAUUUAUGUUUUAUCUUCUGAAUAGUUUGCCAGCUUUCUGUUCUCUGAUAUGGAUUUUCCCUGGCUUACAAAGUUAUUGUUCAACCAUGCUUCAACUGGCCACGUUUUGUCAUUUCAGUUUAUCAGCAUAUUCUUGUGCCAAAUGAGUCAAUAAAUUACACUACCAAAAUAGGUGUGGCUUCUGUUCUUCCCACUUGGACUAUAGCAAACCACAAGCCAGCUUCUGUUGUCACUGUAGUGGCCAAUUUGGGGAAGUUGAUCAGUCUACUUCAGUUACCAUCUGUGUGAUCAGCUUCUGGUGCCUACCCCUUUUGGUUUGUUUUUAAAACUCUUCACUGGACUGACAUCUUUUAUAGCAGAAAAAUAAAGAAAGGAAACAUGAAUCCCACAAUCUCAAAUCUGAUAUGGCUACUUCUUCUGGCUUAUGGUACUUCAGAAAUUCUUGCUGAGACCAAGUAUCCUAGAACCCUGCCAUGUGAUGUCAGCGUGAAUAACUCCUCCGUCAUAUUUGACUGCAGUGCCCGCCAACUGAGAAGUGUGCCUGCUGCAAUGCAUGGUAAUGUAACAGAAUUAAAGCUCUCAGACAACCUUAUAAAGGAGGUGUUUAAAGAAGCUUUUCAGGGCCUGAAUAAUCUGAUGAAAAUAGAUCUAAACAGGAAUCAGUACUCUAAGGCAGAGGAAGAGGCUCAUGAUUUGUGUAAAAAAGGAAUGGUAAUUGAAAACGGAGCUUUUGCUAACUUAACAAAGCUAAGGGAACUACUAGCUGAUGAAAACCACCUAUGUAAAAUACCAGUUGGGAUGCCAUUGUCCUUAACCUCACUGAGUUUGAGGUAUAACAACAUGCUUUCUGUCUGUCGGCAACAUUUUUCAGAACUCACACAACUGAAAGAACUCUAUAUGGAUGGAAAUUGUUAUUAUGGCAAUCCCUGUGAAAAACCUUUCCUCGCAGACAAUGGGGCUUUCUCAGACCUCACUAUUUUGACAAUCCUGUCACUCGCCUUCAACAACCUGACCCGAGUUCCAAGCAAACUGCCUUCGUCUCUAAGGAAACUUUACCUCAACAGCAACAAGAUCAAAACCAUCAACCAAGAUGAUUUUAAUGAACUGCCUAAUGUAGAAGUCCUUGACUUAAGUGGAAACUGUCCAAGGUGCUACAAUGCCCCCUACCCAUGUGAACCUUGCAGUGGGGACUCCGCCAUCCAAAUACAUCCUCUUGCUUUCCAGCAUCUGAAAAAUUUGCAGAAUUUAAACCUCUCCAGCACCUCUCUCAUUAGCUUACCUGCCAGCUGGUUUUAUAACACAACUCAGUUAAAGGUGCUGCAUCUUGAAUUUAACUACUUAAUAAAGGAAAUAGCCUCUGGAGAUUUCUUACUCCAGCUGCCUUCUUUGGAGGUGCUUGAUUUAUCUUUUAACUAUGCAAGAAAAUCAUACCCAAGGUAUAUAAAUAUUUCAGAUAAGUUCUCCAACCUGGUCUCUCUCCAGCAACUGCACUUAAGAGGUUACGUGUUCAAGGAACUUAAGAGCAAACACCUUCGGCCUCUCAUGAAUCUUACUAAACUAUACACCCUCAAUUUAGGAGUCAACUUUAUCAAGCAAAUUGAUCUCAGUGUGUUUCAGCUCUUUGCUAAUCUGACUACAAUUUCUUUGUCUGACAACAGGAUAUCACCCAUAUUAGAGGGCAGCAAUAACAGUGUUAUUAGAGGAGAAUCGGUCCAAAAUCAUGUAAUUCGAAGUCGUUCAACAGAUACUGAUCUUGAGCCAUCAGUAAAUAGUAUGCUACCGGCAGAAGGCCAAUCCAGUAGCAGUGUGUAUAAUCCCAUUUUUCCUUUAAUCAAACCUCAAUGCAGCAUGUAUGGUAAAUCCUUAGAUCUAAGCUUAAACAGUAUUUUCUUCAUUGACCAACAGCAAUUUAAAGGUUUCCAUGCUAUAGCCUGUUUGAAUUUGUCUUCAAAUGGCAUUGGACAAGCUUUGAAUGGCACUGAAUUUAUCUUUCUACCUAAUCUCAAAUAUUUAGAUCUGUCUUUUAAUAAACUUGAUUUGGCUUAUCACUAUGCAUUUUAUGAACUGCCUAAGCUAGAGGUAUUGGACCUCAGCUACAACAUACACUAUUUUAUUGUGUCAGGGAUAACACACAGAUUGGGAUUUACUGAAAAUCUUCCAUAUCUAAAAGUUUUAAACUUAAGUUACAAUGCAAUUUUUACACUCACAGAGCCUAAUCUAACUAGCAGCUCCCUGAAAGAAUUAGUGUUCAAAGGAAACCGCCUUGAUAUUUUAUGGAAAAAUGGAGAUAAUAGAUACAUAAAUAUUUUUAAAAACCUCUUCAAUCUGACUCAUCUCGACAUAUCCCACAACAGACUUAAUGAAAUUCCUACCAAGGCAUUUCGUAGCCUGCCACAAAGUCUAAUUGAGCUACAUAUAACCAACAAUGAAUUAAAGAACUUUGAUUGGCCGGCCCUGCAACAAUUUCAGAACCUUACAGUAUUGGAUCUGAGCUCAAACGAACUGUCUUUUGUAACUGAUAACCUUGCCAACUGCACAGCUUCCCUUCAGAGACUAGUGCUUCGACAAAACAAGAUUUCUCAGCUUGCUGAUGGAUUUUUUAACAAAGCCCGCAGCCUCCUACAUCUUGAUUUAAGUUACAAUGAGCUGCGUUCCAUAAACCAGUCAAUACGUCAGUAUGAUAACUUAAUUUAUUUAGAGCUUUUGGACUUAAAAGGAAACCCUUUCGAAUGCACCUGUGCAACUGUUGAUUUCAAAAACUGGAUAAACCAUUACGUUAAUGUUAGUAUCCCACGACUGGCAACAGAUGUCACUUGUGCAACACCUGGAGAUCAAAGAGGGAAGAGCAUCAUAAGUUUAGACAUAUAUGCCUGUACUUUGGAUAACGUUGCAGCAAUAUGCUUUUCUGUAUCAUUCUUCAUUAUUUUGACCAUUAUGACGACAGCUAUCACAAAACACUUAUUUUAUUGGGAUGCCUGGUAUAUUUACUAUUUUUGUACGGCAAAACUAAAAGGAUAUAAAUCUCUUGGCAUGACCAAAGCUCUCUAUGAUGCUUACAUAGCCUAUGAUACUAAGGAUAUGACAGUAACCGACUGGGUAAUAAAUGAGCUACGAUUUCGUCUAGAGGAAAAUGGAGACAAACACAUUCUGCUUUGUUUGGAGGAAAGGGACUGGGAGCCGGGAAAGGCUGUCAUUGACAACCUUGCACAGAGCAUCCAUCACAGCAGAAAGACGGUAUUUGUUCUAACCGAAAGAUAUGUGAAAAACGGGAACUUUAAAACUGCUUUUUAUAUCGCUCUGCAGAGGCUAAUGGAUGAGAAUGCAGAUGUGAUUGUGUUUAUUCUACUGGAGCCGGUGCUACAGCAUUCCCAGUACCUGAGGCUGAGAAGGAGGAUCUGCAAGAGCUCAGUUCUUGACUGGCCUAAGAAUCCGCACGCUGAAGGCCUUUUCUGGCAAAAUCUAAAAAGUGUAGUGCUAACAGAAAAUUAUAAAAGAUAUAAUGCAUUGUACACAGAUUCCAUUAAAUGACAGUAAAGAGAGAAGAAUGUCUUCCUUGUAGCAGAUAUCUUUGUAUUGAGACAUUAUCAGUUUUGAGUACAUAAUUAGAAUCUAGUUAAAACAGCAUCAUUGGACGUAUUGAUUCUCUACUAAUGUGUUUGAGGACGUUUGAAGGAAAUAAACAUUACUGUACUUUGGCCUGAAUUCAUGUCAGUUAUUAUACUACAGGCAAGUGGAAGAUCAUAAUCACACAUACUAUGCUGUACUGAUGAUUUGUGUAAAUUGUUUCUCAAUAUUUGUCAGUUAUCACCACUAAUUACACACAUAAUUAGCCAUUAUUAAUUGUAUUUUUAACAUCAUGGAGCUUCCAAAACUAUCUAACUUGCUAGUGAGAAUUAAGAACAGUCUCACCUUUGGCUACCUUUUAAUGAAACAGUUUUUAUCCUUCAGUCCAAUGAUACUUACUAACAAUAGCUGCGGCUUAACAGGGACACUUUCAAGUGGUCUAGUGGUGCUUCUUUGUGUGUUUUAGUCUUGUGUUGAUUUAGAAUGUUUGCUUCUUUAAAAUCAGGUUUUGCUUUCUGGUAUACCUGUUAUACACGUGGAAAGUGUACACACUGUGACCUCACUGCCUGACUCUGUUCGUUAGCCAUCAAUUACCCAUGCUUGGAUCCAGUGUCAGAUGUCUUGUAACUGCCCUUGCUACUGGCAUGGGGCAUUAUAUUACACUGGUCUGUCUAAUAAUUGAAGUCUGUAACUUCAUGGACUGCAUUAUUACUCUUAGAAUUGUGUCUUCUCUUACAUCAGCAUCCUCUUAAUGGGUGCAAAUGGCUAUCUACCAUAGGGAAUAAAAUAAUUCUACUCUAUUAGUGGAA